AAGAAAAGCAAGAGACUGAUUACCUCCAGACACAGUAUCAAUCAGAGCUUUACCAUCAAAUGAAAUUAAAAAGACAACAAAUUUUACGCAAGUUACAUGAAAAGAAGUUGCAGGAAUUAGACAUUUUACUUGCUUCUGAAGUUGAAAGAUUCUUGAAUAAUGAGAAAGCUGUUGCUGCUACUAAUAUUCAGACAGUUUGGAGAGGUCAUAGGGAAAGAUCGAGGCUAAAAGAAAGACAAUAUAUAACUAAGCAAGUCCAUGCUGCCAUUACCAUUCAAAGAAAAAUACGUAAAUGGCUGGAUAAGAAAGCAGUAUCUAAACAAACAUUGCCUGGUUACUUAAAGCCAUCCGGUUUAACAGAUGAAAGAAAAAUGAAACUUUAUCAUCAAAUAAGGCAAUGGCAACAACAAAACCCACCUAAUGUAAAAUCUAAAGAAGAACUUGAGACUGUUCACAUGUUUGCACAAAACGAGCUCUCAAGACAUUAUUCCCACAUUCGUCCUUAUCGUAAUCUGGAACAACAAGUAGAAAGUCUAACUGCUCGAUUAAAUACAGAUAUGGAACUUGUUCAAUUGGCACCAGAUUUAGACAGUGCUUCUAUGUCUGACAUAGAUAUGUACUCCUGUAAACCGUUACCGAUUAAAACUGCUGCAAAGCUUUUACACUCUCAGACACUCAAGGAGCUUCAACAGCCAUGGUGGAAAACAUUAGUUAAACAGGAUUUUGAGGAAUAUUAUGACAAAAAAGAGGAGGCAGAAGCUGAGGCUCACUUACAAACUUUGGGAAUUUAAUGUUUAGCAAUUACCAUUGUCUUGUUAGAGUAGUAAAAGACAAAUUAAUUACAAAAGAACUUACGGUCGUUAAGUCGAUUGUUACCUCAUAUCUUUAUCAAAAUUUAUAUUGUGUAUAUAAAUUAUUAUUAAUAGAUUUAAUAGUUGCAUGCCGCUAUUUUUUUUUAAAAUACACAUUUUUGAUAACUAAUUCGCAUAUUGUGUAGAUUGUUUGCGUAUUAUGUAUGUUAUAAAAAACAUACACAUUAGUGUGGUGUAAAUGGUUGAUAGUUAAAGUGUAUUUAAGUUUAAUCCCAAAAAUUAUUAUCAUAAUUUGUUGACUUUAAAUUUUACAUUUGCUGUAAUUAGUAUAAUUACAAAGUUUACACUGUAACCGUUACUCUUUUGCUCCUGAUUACUCUAAAAGUUCGUUUCUAAAUAUAUGCAUGUUUUCGAUAAAACAAACGUAACCCCGUUUAACACGUUUAAUAAUUCCAAAGACAAAUGUAUAAUUUUUGACCCUACAAACCAUGACUCACGCCUUCAAAAUUAACAGUCAUUUUAUAACAAACGAAAUUGUUUAGUAUUGUUUUAUUUUUUUUAUUAUUUUUAAACAGUUUGAUGUAAAUAAAUAGUUUUAAAAUUAAUGGUUGUUUUUUUUAAUGCCAACCACAAAAGCAACCCAAUGAGAAAACCACGAGAAGUAAAUACAACACAAAAAUAAUCGCUCUAUAUAUAUCUUAACCCAUAUCCUGCUAGCGUAUUUUUAAGGGAUGUUUGUAAAAAAAAAAUGCUUUUAAAUUAAUUGAAAACUAUUUAAAACACAUAUUAUGUUUCAUUGUAUUUGGGAAUAGCUAGACUAAUGAAUUUGUGUAUACUGUGUAAAAUUUUAAUUUAGAAAAAAGUUAUAUCGCCGAUUUUGGUUCACUUGUCAAAAUGGUGGGGAAAAACAUGCUAACAGGAAAGUGCAUUUCUUCUUAAAUAUUGACAUUUUAAGUUCAAAAUACAUUUGAAACUUGUAUUUGUAGCAGUACUGUAUUUCUAUCUAAUUAAAAAGUAGCAAAAUUUAAAACUACUUCGCUUUAUCGCGUACCAAAAGCGUCCCAUAAGUAGGACGCUAGCAAUAAACGGCCCCAUGUAGAUUGUUGCACAACCGUCACAUACAUGUUAAAAAUAUUUAAGUACUAUUUAUAGAUAUUUAAUUAUGACCUUUACCUAUAUAUUUGUUAUAAAUUAUUGUAUAAAAAUUGAAAAUUUUAAAUAAAUUUUAUUUCUCAGU